AUGCCACCGCAACCUGAGCUUCCCGAGCCAGCGCAUCCAGAAGUAGAUUCGAUGCUGAGCCGCCGAUUUGGAAAAGAGGUGGCCAACUACUUCUCUGGCUCCCCACUCAAUCGCGUGGGCUUCCUGCGUCCCGACCACCAAUUCCUCUCAUCGGCACUCAAUCAUCCCAGCACAACCUUCUUGCUAUUCAAUAAACUCGAGCCCCUUACAAAAUCUGGGUCGGAGCUCGCCCGCUGCACCUUUGCCGACGUAAAACCACUCAUCGGCGAGAACCCGUUCGAGAAGUCGGAGGAAGAAGUCAUUGCGCAGUACAACUCGAGCUUGUACGUUCCGCAGAUAAUCUUCUUGGGUUUGGAUGAGCGGAAAGAUGGGUUCAAGUACAAGGAGCAUUACAAAGGACAACCGUGGUUCGCCGUUGAUGUCACACCCAAGGAGAGUGUGAAGGAGAAGGCAGAGGAGCUGCUGGAGCGAAUGACAAGCACGGGCUUGGAGUUUAGUAAGGGUAGAAUGAACCUGAGUCUGCAGGCUGAAGAAGCGGCCAUCUAUGCGGAAGCCCGACAUCUCCUCGAUUGGAACGAACGAAACCCUUUCUGCGCUUCUUGCGGUUACAAGACUCUCUCUGUCAACGCCGGGUUCAAGCGCACUUGCCCACCCAAAGACAUCGCGUCCGAAGUCCACCAAGGUGAACGCCCACCCUGCGCGACCCGAACCGGUAUUUCGAACUUGUGCUUUCCUAGAACAGACCCCACAGUCAUCAUGGCGGUCGUAUCUGCCGACGGCACAAAGAUCUUACUAGGGCGCCAGAAGCGCUGGCCUGCCCACUUCUACUCCACACUAGCUGGUUUCCUCGAACCCGCAGAGAGUGUUGAAGAAGCCGUACGUCGCGAAGUCUGGGAAGAAUCUGGUAUCCAUCUCGGUCGCGUUGUUAUCCACAGCACUCAGCCAUGGCCUUACCCUGCCAAUCUCAUGAUUGGCGCAAUUGGGCAAGCCAUUCCAGAUGGAGAAACGAUUCACCUCGGGCAUGACGCUGAGCUGGAAGAUGCGAAAUGGUUCACAGCAGACGAAAUCAGAGAGGCGCUUCGCAUUGGUACUAGUGGACUUGGAGAUGACGCUGGGCCAGAGUAUAAGGAGGGUGGACUGAGAUUGCCGCCGAAGACUGCCAUUGCAAACCAACUGAUAACGGCCGUAGCUAAUGGAUUUGCCAGCGGGAGCCCCAUGAUUUAG